AUGCCCACCACAGCAGCAGGCAUGAAGAGCUUAGUGUGUCGAGUCUGUCAUAAGGCCUUCUCCAAGGCCGAGCAUCUGAGGCCGUUCGUGUGCAAAGAAUGUCGUCGACCAUUCGCCCGCCAAGAUGCUCUCACUCGUCAUGAAAAGCUUCAUACUCGGGCAACAAGCUCAACUCCCACAAUCAAAGUGACCCAAGGGGACAUACAUCUUCCUCCCCAGACUACUGCCCCAGACGCCCAUACUUGGGAUUCCACAAGAGCUGUAACAGACGACGCGGCGCCAAACUCUGCUCCUAGUCACACAUGGAACACCCCUCCGUCCGCGCAGCAGCCCGGAUUCCAGCAGGCUGCCUCAGAUCUCGACUUCUCCUUGAUAUGGCCUGACUCGGAGAAUCUGUUCCACAGCAUCAUGUCGUCAGAUACGACGGAGCAUUGGCAGAUGCCUCUGGGAACACUUCCAUUUCCUCCUGUAGUGCAGGACGUCAACACCAUCAAUUUCGGUUCUCCCAACUCCUUCGAUGAUCGGAGUUCCUCAAUAGGCGCGAUUCCCUCAGGUGGUAGUCACCAAGCUGUGAGGGAUGUGACGGAAAUGGUGACCAGCUCAUCCUCGAGUGUGACAGCGGCCAUCAAGGCAACCUCAAUCACAUCGGUCUUUCUCGAUGAAUGUCUGCAUAUGUUCUUUGUGAGGUUCAUUCCCACCUUUCCGAUCUUGCACCGGGCGACCUUUGUGUUUCGCGAGUGCACUCACCCUCUUCUGCUGAACGCCAUGGCGCUUGGCUCUUUGUAUCUCGGGCCGAAGGAUUCAGUCGCAAAGGGUGAGGCCUUAUGGCGACUGGCUCACACUGCAGUUGCUACUUCGUGGCAGUCAUUAAUCACACACCGCGGACCCUACGAUGCUUGCAAAGGUGUCCAGCUGCUCGUCACAGCUCUUCUGGGGCAGAUCUAUGGUGCAUUGUCAAAAAAUCGAGUGAUACGUACAACAAGCCAGGUCUUCCGUCCGCUUGGCUUUUUCUGGGCAAGGCACUGUGGCAUGUUAGACAGCGAACCCUUCUCUGUGGAACACCUCCCCUUGCCCAGUGCUUCUCAUGCCGAAAAGGACUACCAAUGGCGAGUAUGGGCUGCAAGAGAAAUACAGCAGCGUGCUUUGCUCGCAUAUCACAUCUUAGAUGGCCUUGUGGCGCAGAUGUCGGGCGACGGGGCCUCUACACGACAUGUCGCCAAUCCGCUUGUCCUCCCUAGCAGUGAGGCUGCAUUUGACGCCAGUAACCCCGACGAAUGGUUGGCCCACAUGCGUUGUCAAAAGACCGAACAGCCGUCAUUCCGACUGGUGUUUCGCUUUCUAUUUCCUCCAAUUGGCAGUUUUCGCCCCCUCGACUAUCAAUUUUCCGCCUUUGCGCUUCGUGUAGUCUUAGAAGGCCUGCAGUCUCUUGUCUCAGAUUCGGAUGAAAGCGACGUCGCAACCGUUGGUGCGCCUGGUCGUCCUGACGUGCGAAGGGCUUUGGCCCAGGUCCACGAAACUAUCAACAUGAGCAUCCACCUGUCCGCGCCGGAACGACUCGAGGUUCUGUUACGCUGGCAUACCAUCUGUCUCGACACCAUGAUCAAUUCAACUGUGCUUUGUAGGCACGUUUGCUCACGCUACAACAUCUCCCAACAAGUGUCUGGAGGAUCUCGGACACUGAGACCCGGAUUCGACAUGGUGAAGUGGGUGAACACAGAAGACGCUCGCCGUGCCUUGUUGCACGCGGUUGCCAUCCAGGAUAUUAUUGAGCAACUACCCAGGGGCCGGGCCCAUGUAAUCCACAUGCCGAGCUCUCUCUUUGCAGCGGCAACGAUCUAUGUGGUCUUUUCGCUAGCAGGCGUGGCAAACAUUCACCUUCCACGCACAAUUGUAUGGCAGGAUGCUCUUCUCUCGCUUUCUGAUCUUAACCUCGGAAGCGACAGUGUCAGGCCGUCGAGUACAUCCGAGACUCGGCGCUUCGUUGAACAAGGUCUGACGGACUCACCAGCAGGUAUGGGUGCGGUUCGGAAUUUGUUGUAUGAGAUGAACUCCAUGCAAAAGCUGUUCCGCUGCCUCAUCUCUCAAUGGGGAAUCGCACACGAUAUGGAGGAAAUUGUAGACCAAUGGAUCAGACUAUGCCAUUGA